GCGAAGAGGGGGUUGAGCGUCAAUAAGACGCAGGGUGUGACCUUAGGCGUGAUUGCGGCGUAUGUGGUUGUCAUUGCGUUGCUCUGGAAUUUGCCGUAUGUGAGGUGGGUGUUGUGGCCUUUUAAGGUUUGUUCACGUCUUUGUGUCUGGUAAGAAGAUGGGUAAGGGUGUUUCAGGGGGAUGAGAUGAUAUGGUUGAACGAUCUUGGGACGGGGAGUAGUCAAGGUGAAAGUGGGUAGCUGACGUGGGAUAGAUGCUUGUUAUUGCUUUUCAUGAGUUUGGUAAGUCGCCAUUCCCAAAAGCACACAUGGGUAGGAAAGAAGGAAUAUUGGGGGAAAAGCGAAGAAUAGAGAGUACUGUGGCGAAGCUGUUACGAGAAGAACAGAUAUAAGACGAUGAGGAGAGGAAGAAGACUGAUCCACUGCACAAGUCCGCAUACUCACACCCUCCCAGGCCAUGCCAUUACCGCAGUCCUCACGGGUGGAAAAGUCAAGAGCAUUUCUCUCGACCCUCACGAGGGGGGCGUCACGCACAUGCUCGGCGGGAAGCAAGCCUUCACGCUACCGGCAGGGUACCUGGGUUCCAGCCUCAUCGGCGCCCUUCUGACGUUCUGCGGCUUCAACAUCGUCGCCAGCAAGGUGGCGAGUAUUGUCCUAGGAGUGUGCUUCCUGCUGACCCUGUGGUGGGCGAGGAAGGAUUGGUUGACUAUCGUGACGAUUUUGCUUGCGGUGGGGUUGUUGGUUGCUUGUUGGUUCAUCAAGCAUGCGGAGGCGUUGAGGUUCGUUGUGCUUUUCAUCGGCGUCAUGUCCUCUCUCUAUUCCGUCUGGGACAUCUGCGACGACCUCAUCCUACGCAAAGUCAAUUCCUCGGAUGCCAGCGUAUUCGCCAAGCGCUACGGCGGCUCUUCACAGUGCUGGGGCGUCAUCUGGUCGCUCAUCUCGUUGUGCUUCAUGGUGGCCGGGAUUCUGGCGGGCUUGGCGGCCUUCAAGCAGAGUGCGGAACAAAUGGAGAAGGAUUCGCAGGGGUUCAUUCCUACGAUGAAGUUUUGAGGUAAGGAUGAGGGUGGCUGUUGGUUCUUGAUUGUAGCUUUGGGCGUUGAGGGCGUUUGGAUGGUCACUUUGGUAGGAAGUGCAGGUG